GUACUCAAUCAAUUUGAAUUCAGAGACAAUAUUCAAGAAUAUUUGAAGAAUAAAAUGACUACCAUUGCACCAAAUCUCACAGCUUUGAUUGGUGAAAAUGUAGCUGCCAAAUUGAUAGCUCAUGCUGGAUCAUUGAUUAAUCUUGCUAAAUAUCCUGCUUCUACCAUCCAAAUCUUAGGAGCUGAAAAAGCAUUGUUCAGAGCCUUGAAAACUAGAGGAAAUACUCCUAAAUAUGGUUUAUUAUAUCACAGUACUUACAUUGGAAGAGCUAAUGGAACUGAUAAAGGAAAAAUCUCUAGGUAUUUUAUGCCCAUUUAAUUUUACUAGAAAUCUAGCCAACAAGUGUGCUAUUGCUUCAAGAUUGGAUCAUUUCUUGAUCUAACCAACUGAAAAGUUUGGAGUCAAGUUGAAGGAUCAAAUGGAACAAAGAUUAAAGUUCUUGACUGCUGGAGGAGAAUUGAACAAAAAUACGGAUAUUAUGGAUGAAGUCUUGACUGAAUUAAAAGGAGAGGGACUCUAUUUUGAAAGUGAAAAACAAUUGACCAAGAAGGAUAAGAAGUCAAAGAAAGCCAAAUCUAAAAAGGUUGUAGAAGAAGUCCAAGAAGAAGAAGUAGAAUAACCAUAAGAAGCUCCAAAAAAGAAGAGAAAAGCAUCAAAAUAAUAAUGAUAUAUAAAUAGUAUAUUAAAUAAAAAUGUUAC